AUGAUCAGUCCUCUAUCGUCGAAGUUGGCACUAUGGUUGCUACUGGUGCUAGCAACCAUCGUGGCCGCGGAGGUUGGCCCACGGUCUACAACGCUGGCGUCAGUUCUUACCGAUAUCGAGUCCCAGAUUCCGGCCUGCGCAUUUCAAUGUUUCAGUUCGUUCGCUGGCUCGAAGAACUGCGACUAUGUUGAGGAGUUUAUCAAUACCGAUGUGACGCACUGUCUCUAUGCGAACUGCACGACGCAUCAGUUGCUCAAAGCCGAACAAGUCAUCACGACAACAUGCGGUACGGAGGUUCGAGACAUCCAGCCAGGCAUUAGGGGAGUCACAUGGACCCUGUGGGGAGUUGCCACCAUCUUCCUUGCGGGGCGGUUGCUGUCGCGGAGUUCGUGGUUUAGUGGGAUGCAACUAGGGUGGGAUGACUGGGCGAUUAUCGCAUCCUACGUCGUACUCACUGCAGUGAGUAUUGGCGCCGAACUGAUGGUCGUAUUUGGCCUUGGAAAGGACAUGUGGACCCUGGAAGAUACCAAUAUCACCAUUGUCCUCAUCCUUUUCUACAUUGCCGAGUUCGCCUACGUCAUCGAGUCAACGAUCACGAAGGUGUCCAUUUUAUUAUUGUAUCUCCGAAUCUUCCCGGACCGACAAUUCCGCAAAUACGUCUAUGCUUUGAUGAUCGUCAUGGGACUGUUCUGCGUUGCCUUCGUGGUGACGUUGCUGACAUAUUGCGUUCCUUUCGACUAUACGUGGAUGCGGUGGGACAAUCAAAAUACCGGAACAUGUAUCAACAUGAACGCACAGACCUACACAUGUGCGGCUCUGAAUAUCGUUCUCGACCUCUUGAUCUUCUUCCUGCCCAUUCCCCAGUUGUUCAAGCUUGACUUGUCGAUGAAGAAGAAGAUUGGCAUCAUCUUUACGUUCCUUGUCGGCCUGUUCGUCACAGUGUGCAGCAUGAUCCGUCUCAAGGCCUUGAUAGGAUGGCAGACGAGCACGAAUCCGACCAUGGAAUACGCCAACCUGGCCGUGUGGUCCCUGGUCGAGCUCGACGUCGGUGUCAUCUGCGCUUGCAUGCCCGGCAUGGCCGGUCUCUUCCGGAGAAUGAAGAAGCGCGGCACCGAAUACAUGAGGUCGAAAUCCAGCAACAACGGGUCUCAGGCCUUUGGGUCCCAGGCCUUUGGUGGCACCAACAAGGGGACUGGGCAGGCCAUCACAAAGACUACCAUCAUUUCAGUCAAGCGCACACAGUGUGAUGACCAGACAAGCGAUUCCGAACUGGAACUUGUCGAUCGCUCGAAGGGGUCAUACAACUAUCGCGGUCACUACCCGCAUGAGUCACAAGGGCACCUCGUGUAG